AUGUCUACUCAACCAGACGCUCAAAUGAUUAACAGUGAGCUUCAAACCUCGUAUCAGACUGUCGUAGAGAAAUGGCGCAAUAUGCGUCGUAUCAAGGCGGAGAAUUUUCCAACUCUUCAGAGAAGAAUAAACCAACAAUACUGGGACUUGAACGGGGAAUUUGUCCAAGCGGUCAACACCUACUCCAACUCCUGGCACCGGGCAUUCAGCCCUCUGCUCCUCGCUUCCCUACCACGCGAACUGCGGGAUCUUGUCUACGGCUUCCUCAUCGGUCAACCAGAAUCCCCUGUCGAUAUCGUUCCGCCCGACGAGAUGGAAGUACCCACACUUUCCGACAUGCCCGGCCCGUUGCAAUUUCCCAUUUCGGAACAGCAUGUCCUACCUAUUUUAUCGGUAAACAUCAUGGGAAUCCAGUUUGUCAGCGAGAUCGCCGAGGUAUUCUACGCGCGAGUGCAAUUGACUAUCCACAGAGCGACUGAUCUAGGACCCAUUCUUCAUCAAGGUCCGCUUGACAGCGCGGUCCUCUGCGCUCCUUCGGACUACAUCCGGCGUCUGGAGGUUUGGAUCACCGAGACAGACGACGUUUAUAAAAUGGCUGAGGACGCUUCAAGAACAGCCAAGGACAUCUACCCCAUGGUGGCUAACACCCUACAGCCAAUACGGAGGCUGAAACAUCUGAAAGGGCUGAAGAUCCAUCUUGUUGCUUGCAGUGACUUGAGCAGCGUGGCCCAGAAACUUCUUGAUGCUGUUGUGCCAGAAUUAUAUCAAAUGAGGGCAGCAGGGUUUAAAAUCUCAGCGAGACAUAGAAACCCCUGGUAUCGGGACCACAUCGAAUUUAAACUCGAGGCUGCAUUUUACAGAGGGAAAGCUAGUGUCUCUAAUUAG